CGGCGGGCGCCCGGUCGGAGGCGCGCGUGCUCGGCCGCUCCGUGCGCUUUCAUGGAGGUCAGAGCGGCCGUGGCCGGGGCUGGGUUCCUGCCCCCGCCCCGUCUGUCCGCGUCGGAUCUGCCGGAGCCCAGGGGUUGAGGAGCACUGGCAGAGGCCCUGUGAGACAGCUCCACUUGAAAAGGGACACCCAGGAUGGGACCCACACAGGAAAACAGACCAAGGGUUACCACCUCGUCCGACGUCCGAGAUUUCCUCUCUGGGAGAUGGGCCUGUCAUAAGCACUGUCCGAUGUCUUUAGAGUUCGUGGCCCUGGCUUGGGAUCUGCCUGCUUUCUUUGCUGUUGUCACCGUUGCCCGAGUACCCAGAGGUGCCUAGAGCUAGAGCACCUGGCCUCGCCGUGUCAGCCAGCAGAGAGACAUCUCAGGCAGCCGCUCUGGGGGAGGAGGACUGCCCUUCAGCAGCAUGGAGGAGAAGCCGCAGCUGUCUCCGUGAAGGUCAAAAGCCUUGGCUGACUUAUGGACCCUCUUUGAGGCCCAGCCUCCUGACCCGGCCUAUGCGCCCCGGCCCAGCGCAUGGGGCCAUGGCCCUGCUCCCGGGGCAGGCGGAGCCCCCGGCCCUGGAGCCUCCGGGCGGCGGCGGCGGCGGGGCCCGCGCCCGGCAUGUCAUCAUCAACGUGGGCGGCUGCAGGGUGCGCCUGGCCUGGGCCGCGCUGGCCCGCUGUCCCCUCGCGCGCCUGGAGCGCCUACGGGCCUGUCGCGGCCACGACGAGCUGCUGCGCGUGUGCGACGACUACGACGUGAGCCGCGACGAGUUCUUCUUCGACCGCAGCCCAUGCGCCUUCCGCGCCAUCGUGGCGCUGCUGCGCGCCGGCAAGCUGCGCCUGCUGCGGGGCCCGUGCGCGCUGGCCUUCCGCGACGAGCUGGCCUACUGGGGCAUCGACGAGGCCCGUCUGGAGCGCUGCUGCCUGCGCCGCCUGCGCCGCCGCGAGGAGGAGGCCGCCGAGGCCCAGGGCGCGGGGCCGGCGGGGCGCGGGGCGCCGGGCAGCCCGGAGCGCGCCCUGGGGCCCAGCGGGCGGCUGGCGCGCGGCCGGCGGCGCCUGCGCGACGUGGUGGACAACCCGCACUCGGGGCCGGCCGGCAAGCUCUUCGCCUGCGUGUCCGUCGCCUUCGUGGCCGUCACGGCUGUCGGCCUCUGCCUGAGCACCAUGCCGGACAUCCGCGCCGAGGAGGAGCGGGGCGAGUGCUCCCCCAAGUGCCGAAACCUCUUCGUGCUGGAGACGGUGUGCGUGGCCUGGUUCUCCUUCGAGUUCCUACUGCGCUCGCUGCAGGCCGAGAGCAAGUGCGCCUUCCUGCGGACGCCGCUCAACAUCAUCGACAUCCUGGCCAUCCUGCCCUUCUACGUGUCGCUGCUCGUGGGCCUGGCGGCGGGCGGCGCGGCGCGGGCGGGCGCGGGCGCGGGCGCGGGCGGCAACAAGCUGCUGGAGCGCGCGGGGCUGGUGCUGCGGCUGCUGCGCGCGCUGCGCGUGCUCUACGUGAUGCGCCUGGCGCGCCACUCGCUGGGGCUGCGCUCGCUCGGCCUGACCGUGCGCCGCUGCGCGCGCGAGUUCGGGCUGCUGCUGCUCUUCCUCUGCGUGGCCAUGGCGCUCUUCGCGCCGCUCGUGCACCUGGCCGAGCGCGAGCUGGGCGCGCGCCGCGACUUCUCUAGCGUGCCGGCCAGCUACUGGUGGGCCGUCAUCUCCAUGACCACCGUGGGCUACGGCGACAUGGUGCCGCGCAGCCUCCCCGGGCAGGUGGUGGCGCUGAGCAGCAUCCUCAGCGGCAUCCUGCUCAUGGCCUUCCCGGUCACCUCCAUCUUCCACACCUUCUCGCGCUCCUACUCCGAGCUCAAGGAGCAGCAGCAGCGCGCCGCCAGCCCCGAGCCGGCCUUGCGCGAAGACAGCACGCGCUCCCCCACCGCCACAGAGGACAGUUCGCAGGGGCCCGACGGCGCCGACCUGGCCGGGGACUCCGCGGACGCGCCGUGGGCGCGGGCAGGACCGGCCUGACCGCGGUGGUGGACAGGGCAGCGGUGGCCGCGGGGCCGGCAGGCUGCCCCUCUGCGGCUUGAGAAAUAGAACCAGAGGCCUCGCCUCGUGCCCCGUCCGGAGCGACUUUGCGGGGCGGCAGCUCCCCUUCGCCGCGUAUCUAGUCCACGUGCAUGUUGCUCCGACCAGCGUCCCCAGAAGGCGGCCCAGGGCUGGGCUGACUCCAGCGGGGACCGAAGGCCAUCCCGAGCUUGGAGUGAAGUCCUGCCCGGAAGCAUCGCCAGCCCUUCUCUGCCUUCCCUGGACUCCAUGGCUAGCAAAAACCAAACUCAACAAGUCCAGGAGGUUCCGAGCCUGUAGCAAAUGCCAGAAGGCCACACUAGUCCCCUGGCCUGCUCUUCAGCCAGGGCAGCCCCCGGGAGCUGGGGGCCACAACCGGGGGCAGCCUCGGGGAGUAGUGGGGGGCAAGUCCCUGGGGGAAGAGGCCCCGGGGGAGCAAAGGCAGGCAGACCCUCCCUGCUCUGCCAGUCAGCCACAGUGGCCGUGCCCAAGGGGAGGGAGGCCCCUACACAUGCAGCUCUGCUGAGGCCCACGUCCUUGCCAAGGAACAGGGACAGAGGUGUCACAUCGAUGCUCUCAGCCCUCUAGUUCCUUUGGGGGUCCCAGCCAUGCCCUCUGACCUCCCUUCCCUGGCACUGGUUCUGUGGGCUCUUCCUGAAUGGCCUCCUCACACCUUAUCCCCUGAAAACGCCUCUGCGAAGCUCCAGGUGCAGGUCCCCGGCCCUCACAGGUGGGCUGGGCACCACAGCCUCCCCUCCCCUAUGGGAACACUUCCCUCCUCCCCGGGCCUGGCCUGGAGGAGGAGGUAGGGGAGGAGAGGGAGAAAGGGGCCCUGGGCGGCAGGUGUGAGGAGAAGCCGGACCUCACCGAGGAGGGAGCCUUUUCUGCUCUGGAGAUCAGCAGUGGAACUUUCCAAAUCGUGCUGCUUGGUACUUUUCCAUUUCAACGAGCUGACCCACGACUCCUGAGACAUCGCUGCCACAGCCCCUUUGGUGGGGGGACCUGCAUCACCCCAGGAGGCCCACUGACAUGGGCACCCACCCCCACCACCCACGCGGCUUUGACAGGGCCCCUGGUGUAGGGCCAGCUCGUGGAGAGGAAGGGGCUGGCUGCAGCGGGGCCGGGGUGGGGCCCUUGCUCUGCAGACAUUUCCUAAGAUGCUACUGCAACUCAAUAAAAAGAGCGCCUCUCCUGCA